AUGGAAGGGCAGCUAUUUCGCGCCGUGUGUCUGACCCUGCUCAUGGGCACCGUCCUGUCAUGCGCCGCGUCGGAAACAAGCCAAAAGAAGGCUGAGGCUGAUUUUACAACCACCAUUCCGAAAGAGGGACUCGAGAGGGACGUGGAGCAAGUCUUCUACCUCGGACCUUCCAGCACGCUCCAGGUCAUCGACGAAACCGGGAAAGCCAAGUAUCUGCCGGAACCGAGCACAACCUCUGAUGAUGCUUUGUCAGAGCAGUACAGCGUGGCAUAUCGAUUUGAGAAUGGAACGUGCGACUUCACCCAGACUCUCGUGUUCAAUGAUGCAUUUCCUGGGUACACAAAACCGUUAUGGGUUCCUGACAAGUCGGGUUCUGCGGAGACUGAGGGUGCACCCUCGGGAGGGCGUGUGAGGUACACUUUUACGACUCCUCCGGAGGAAUAUCUGGGUGGGGGUUUGAGUUUUUGUGUGCGGUUCAAGACAGUGCUUGCCUCCGGGUCGGAGUCACAAACCAGCACGUCGACCACGGCGACGUCUGUGACAUCCGGCGAGACAACAAAGCCAGGAGAACAUGGUAACCCGAAGCCUGAUGCCAACCCAGAAUCUGGGUCGUCUUCUGAGGGUAGUUUGGGUUCCAGUCAGCCGCAGCCCGGGCACGGUGCAGGGGUUGAUGAUGGUGACGGUCUCGAAGAAGAAGCGGGUGUUUUGGAUGUUCCGCAUUUGGGGGGUUCUUCAGCUGUCAGCAGUCACAAUGACACGUUGAUACCCUCACCUGACCCCCCGGUUCUUGACAAAAAUCAGAGCAUGCGAGCAGGCCUUGCUCUGUCGCCAACCACAGAAAGCGGACUUGAUAUCAACAGUGUUAGCACUGCAAAACAAAACGGUGCUCGGCUGAGGCGCCUGAGUGAACAUUUUGUGGAAAGUGACGCCUUCUUGACUAUUGUAGUGCACUCUGCUGCUUGGCGCUUUGCCGGUGGAAUGAGUGCUCUCUCAGUUUGCCUUCUCACUGUGGCUGUUAUUCUGGUGGCGAUUUCGUAA